GGAGGUUUCUGGCUACUGUUGCACGUAGAUGUUUGUUGUCUUUCGCUGUCUUCUUAGGGCAAUGUAAGGCCUGACCAUGGAUGCCACACACUCUUUGAAACCAUAUACAAAGUCCUGAAGUCUCUCGCUCACGUAUGAGCGCUCUUCAAAAUGCCCAGAGUGGUAAAACCACAAAUGGGCAGUCCGAGAAGACAGGCCACGAGAAAAAACCUAUUAUUCAGAGCCAGAGAUUUAGUCACAAAAGAAAGCAGGUGGAGGACACCAGGAAAGGUGGGUCCACAGUAGCUGGCAAAAGUUUGAUGGAGACCUCAAACGAUCCUGGCUCAAAAUAUGCGCAAGAUGAUGGAACAGAGGGUAGAGGAGUACAAGGCAUAUCAGGGGCUGAAAAGAGUUCAACAGUCUUGAACAAUGAGCAGCAGAAUACGACAGUAGAAAGAGGAGCACAAGACACGAAUCGUAAAACGCCAAAGAGGCGGCGUUCAAGAACAAAACGCAAAAAAAACAAAAGUGCAGACAGCGGUGAAAUUCCCGAGUUACAAAAUAGACUGCCAGGUAAAGCGACAGAAAAAGACAGUGAAAGCCGAGAUGGGAUUCAAAAGCAAGAACAUAGGCAUUCGCCAAAGAAAGCUGGUAGUAUUGAUAGUGUUUCACAGUCAGCCACCGAGGGGCAGAAGAGCAGUAGUGCAAAAGAAGUAACAAAGAAGCAAGAUGCUGUCGACAAGAGAAAACAACCAAGCCAGAAAGUUAAGGGAAGAACAAAGACGGUUGAUUCCUCGGGGAGCAAAGAUGUUACGAUGGCUCAAAGUCAUGUGCAAGGUGAUGCGAUGAUAGCAGAUAGCCGGAAGGAAGACGAAUUUGGACAACGAGAGAGGACGUCUCAUCGGCAGAGUAGACGUUCAGGGUCAAGAGGUGCUGUUGGGGAGAGCUCCCCCCUCCGUGCAGCUCAGGAAGGGCUAGAGAGAAUAAAGGAUCGAGAAAAUGCCCAGAGCCGAAAAAAAAAUCAAAGUCGAAACGAAACAAGCCAAACUGUAAGGAUAGAGAGUGAAGAGAAACAACGACCAAUUCCUAAAGAAAAGAGACUGGCAAACGAAAGACAGAGUGCAGUUCUCAAUGGUAACAACAACCUGUCGGAAAACGAGGCACGUAGCAGAGAAACUGAAAUUGUAAGUGAUCACGUGAAAAUCGUGUCCGUGACUAAGGAAGGAGUCCCUUCGAGCAGAGAAAAAAAAGCAAAACAAGCAAUUAACAGAUUGGAAUCUCAAAGAAAGCCUCCAUCAGUCAAAACUAUGACAGGUUUCCUCACAAAAACUCCACAAGAAAUCGUUAAUUGGUUAAUCCGAGAUCAUUCAUCCUUGUUUACAAAACAACUUAAAAUCAAAGAUGAAGCGGUUGCUGUCCUAUUGAAACUUCUGGCCAAAGUUUGUGAUUCCGAGUCUUCCAGCAACCUGAAGAAGCUUUUUAAAGUAUUAUCAUCAUCCUGGUUACUCAACCGAAGGGCUCUGGCCAUUCUGAACCAGCUAACUGGGAAGAAAUCGAAGACAUCCCAAAAUGAGCAUUUCACUGUGGAAACAAUCAGGGAAAUGGCUAAAGUGCAGACAGAGAUCCUUAAAAGAUACCCAACUAAAAAGUACCCACUGAUGGAGAAACUCCAUGGGCUGGUAAAUACUCGCAAGUUACAAGAUCAAGGCGUGAUCUCUGUUGUGCAAGAGCAACAGAAACUGUUGAGUAAGGAGAAAGUUGCACAAUGCAAAAAAGAGGCAGUGCAAAAGAGAAAAAGUGCCAAAGCUGAUAUUACCGAUGACAACUCGAAGCCUCCCGAGAAUUUUCGCGUGCUGCGUGUUAUUCCAACCCGUGAGGACAUCAUUUCAAACCAGAGCCAAGACCAAAAGCUGUUCCUCAGAAAGAACAAAGUUGAAGGGCACUACAACGACGAGGAACACUAUUUAGACGUUCAGUUUCGGCUUCUACGUGAAGACUUCUUAAGACCUCUUCGCAAAGGGAUCCAACACUUAAUGGGCAAAGACGUCCCUGAUGAUACCGAUGACGAUAAUGUAGGAGAUGUCAGAGUCUACAAAGAUGUGAGAAUACUAUGGCCUGCGUGUACUUCAAAUGGGGUCGCAUUCAAGAUUAAGUUUGAUGUUACAGGUUUCAGUCGAGUUCGAUGGGAGAACAGUAAGAGACUGAUAUUUGGAUCAUUGUUGUGUCUAUCGAAGGACAAUUUUAAGAGCUUCGCUUUUGCCACCGUCGCAAAUAGAGAACUGAGCGAUAUAAGAAAGGGUGAACUAGAAGUGCAGUUUGUCUCGCCUGGUGGUGAAGCCGGAAUACACACGGGAGAUUUAUGCCAAAUGGUUGAGUCCAUAGCUUUCUUUGAGGCAUAUCGUCCAGUGCUUGAAGGAUUGAAGACGAUAACUCCCGGAGAAUUUCCUUUUCAGAGAUACAUUGUGAAGUGUCAGACAGAUGUACAACCACCAGCCUACCUAAGGAAACCCGGUGGUCACCAUGCAAAGUUCGAUUUUUCUCCUCUUUUUUCAAACGAAGAAUCACUUGAUCACAAGUCGAGUCCCGCAGGUGUGCCAAAGCGUGAGAAUCCUGGUGGUCUUGAAGUCUCAGCUCUUUUUCAAAUCACACUUGUCAAUCACGACACAAGUUCCUCUUUGGAAUUAAAAUUUCUAGGUUACCAUGCUGGACUAUUGGUCUCAGUGUUGGACCCAGCCUCCUGGCCGGUGGCGGAGGAUCUGAAGUUGGAUGAUUCACAAUUUAACGCCUUACAGCUGGCGCUGACCAAAGAGUUUGCAGUAAUCCAGGGACCGCCAGGCACCGGAAAAACCCACAUCGGAUUGAUGAUAGCAAAGGUUCUUCUGCACAACACAAGCGUUUGGCACGGAAGAGAAGGAGGACCUAUUCUUGUCGUCUGUUACACUAACCACGCUCUGGACCAAUUCUUGGAAGGAAUCCACGCCUUUCACCCGGAAGGAAUUGUCCGUGUUGGAGGAAGAAGUAACAGCGAGACCAUUCAAGAAUGUAGUCUCGCAAAAAUUAAACAAACAAGGAGGGAGGAGAAUCUGACCCCUGUUCAAAUCAGAAAAGCUUAUGGUCAGAUCCGAGGAGAAAUGAGAAGUCUGUCAGCCUUGAUUGAUGAUCACGAGGAAAUGUUGCAUGAGUUAUCGAGGACUUUGCUUCACGAGGAUGAGCUUGUUGAUUACGGCAUGGUCCAGAAGCAUUACGAUUCCUUGACGAGAGGAUCACGAAAUAAUGGGGCAAAGAAAAGAGAAUCAGUCAUUCCACAGUGGCUUGGGCUUCCCGUAGAGCCAGCGGACCCAUACCAAGAGGGUUUCGCUCAACCUCUUGCUAUGUUUCCCUUUAAUGCUGAGUGUGGAGGUUUGGAGUAUUUCUCUCAAGAAAAUAUAGCUUAUUUAUCACCACGUGUUCAGUACACCCCAGGUGUCGAUGGGAGUCCAGGAGGCUCUCUAGAACUAUCCGGAUUUGCUGACUCGUUCAUCGAGAUUCCAAAUUGGUGGGGAGGGUUUGCAGACGCUGCGGUUUCCAUAACGUUGCUAGCAUUUAUCUACCCUUUGGGAGGAAGCGGACCAAUUGUUAGCUAUGAUGUUCACGGCUGUGGUGUUCAACUUUGGCAUGAUGGUUUUGAGGAAAAAAUGGGUGUAUUGACAGCUUACUUCACUCAAAGAGAUCUUUUGCCCUCCGCGUUUUAUCUAAGAGCAGCUGUUCUGCGCAUAAACGAAUGGAACUUCAUCGGUGCCUCCUACGAUCACGACUCUGGAUUUGCUCGUUUGUGGCACAAUGGAAAUGAAGUAAUGGCAGUAUUUAUUGGGGAGACGCAUUUGGCGACGCAGUUCCCCAUAAGGAUCGGUGCUCUCGCGAGCACCUGGGUGGGGUAUAGCUUCAAAGGGAGAAUUUCGCAUUUGCACAUAUACGCCGAGUCACUGACAGCCGAGAACAUUCGAGCAGUCGGAGGCAUAAAAAUAGGCAAAGAAAAACUGCAGACAUACAGGUUCAGCGAAGAGAACGUAGGAGAGGCAAGAGGUAAAAACAACGAAGAACAAGGAGAAUUUGACUACAGGGAGAGUUCCGCUAAUUUUCGAUUUGACGCUAAUGUCUUGCAAGAUCAAAGGAUACUAGAAACGGAUGAGGUUACCAGAUUUGGGCGCGAGUCUUCCUUGUCUCAUUUGAACACGAACAACACGAGCGAUGAGUGUGAGUUUCCAAUGUGUGCUCAUGAAGGUGCAUCAAGGGGCAACUGGCAAUUCCAGAAUUCAAAACGAAUUAAGCAAAAGAUCAAACGAAUUAUUCAGAGAGAGCUUCAGCGAGAAGACGUAAUGAGUGAAGAAGAAGCCUCUGAGGUGGAGGAUGUGUGGAAUUUGUCUGAGAAAAACCGCUGGCGUCUAUAUCGCAGAUGGAUGUUCGAUGCACGUGAGACUUGCGCCGAGCAUAUCUGUGAUUUCCAAGAAUUGUAUGAUGAUCAAGUUCUUCAGUUAAAAGAAGUAAGGAAACAAGAGGAAUGCGAGAUCCUUAAAAAAGCUGAUGUCAUUGGAAUGACCACGACAGGUGCUGCCCGGUAUCACAGUUUGCUACAAGACAUUCAACCGACAAUUACUAUCGUGGAAGAAGCCGCUGAAGUGCUAGAGGCGCACAUUGUAACCUCUCUAACCAAAGGAUGUAAGCAUUUGAUUCUGAUUGGUGAUCAUCAGCAGCUCCGACCCAAUCCCACAGUCUACGAUCUCCAAAUCAACUACAAUUUAGACGUAUCCUUGUUUGAGAGAAUGGUAACGAACGGAAUGAAGUUCUCAAGGCUGAGCCUACAGCACCGAAUGAGACCAGAGAUCGCCAAGAUGCUGGAUCACAUUUAUGUAGAACCGAAACUGGAGAAUCACGAGUCUGUUAAAUUUGAAAACAUAGUGGGCGUGGAAAGAAAUUUGUUCUUUGUGAAUCACAGAGAGAAAGAGAAUUCUAUUCGUGAAGGAAAAAGCAAAUCCAAUGCCCACGAAGCAAAAUUUUUGACAGCACUAUGUCGUUACUUCAUUCAACAAGGUUAUCAGCCAUCACAGAUAACUAUUCUCACAGCCUACAGUGGACAGCUCGUCGAAUUCAGGAAAGAGAUGAUAGACGACAAAGAGUUUUUUGAAGGAGUUCGUGUUACAGCAGUGGAUAAUUUCCAAGGAGAAGAAAAUGACAUCAUUCUUCUCUCGCUCGUCCGCAGUGAAAGGAUUGGUUUCCUCAAAAUUGCAAAUCGUGUUUGUGUCGCUUUAUCACGAGCUCGUAAAGGCUUCUACAUCAUUGGAAAUGCGACUCUUUUAGCAGAGGAAGACUCUAAUCUUUGGGCAAAAAUCAUCGCAGAUAUGCAGGAGGAUGGCAAUCUAGGCAAUGAAUUGAAACUGGUUUGUCAGAACCAUCCCCAGAAUGUAAUUCACGCUUCUUGUGCUGAGGAUUUUGAAGACUCUCCCGAAGGAGGUUGCAAAGAAAAGUGUAUGAUUACUCUGGAAUGUGAACACGUCUGCGAGAGAUUAUGUCACCCGAUUGAUCUUGAGCACAAAGAGAAAUUUGCUUGCGAGAAGCCUUGUACCAGAACCAUUUGUGACCUUCAGCACAUCUGCCCCAGGACAUGUGCCGAAAAGUGUGGUCCUUGUAUGGAGAGAGUGGUGAAGGUCAUCCCGGGAUGUAAUCACGAGCAGCUUGUCCCUUGCUCCAUCGAUGCUACUACCUUCAAGUGCCAGGCGAGGAUGUCAAAGGAAACCUCUCCCUGUCGCCAUAUCAACGAGGCGGAGUGUUUUGUGGCCCCUGCUGACAUCACCUGCAAGGAGCCUUGUAGUAAAUUAGAGUGUGGACAUCCAUGUCCCGGUUACUGUGAUCGAUGUCAGGGAGGCCGUCUCCAUUUGCCGUGCCGGUCUCCAUGCAGCCGAACACUUUUCUGCGGCCACACUUGUGUGGAUAAAUGUGUAAAGUCCUGUCCACCCUGCUCAUCAAAAUGUCGUAAUCAUUGCGAUCACCAAAUCUGUAAACGGAGUUGUGGUGAUCCUUGUCAGCCAUGCUUUGAGGAGUGCUUAUGGCAGUGUCCACAUCAUAAAUGUACUAAACGUUGCGGGGAGAUUUGCGACCGACCGAGAUGCGAUGAGCCAUGCUCUAGGCUGUUACCGUGUGGCCAUGUGUGUGUCGGUGUUUGUGGCGAUAUUUGUCCCGAAUUAUGCCGAGUUUGCGAUUCGGUUGAGUUCCACGAGAGUGCGUCUGGAGCAAUGUUCAUUGAAUUGGUUGACUGUGGUCAUGUGGUUGAAGUUGGGCAACUGGACAAAUGGAUGGACGGAAGAGAUAAAGCCGACGCACAGACUGGAAAUGACGAUGCCGAAAUCAGAUAUAAAGUUUGCCCAGAGUGCAGAACUCCAAUUCUGUACAGUCGUAGGUAUGGAAAACUAGUCAAGGAAAUUCGUGCCGAUUUUGAAGCUAUAAAGCGUCGAGUUCGUCUUGCUGAUGUCACAAGCAUUGACCAGAUACAGAGGAUUCGGCAAGAGGCUCAAGAGGUCAAAGAAAUUCCGAAGAUAUUGCUUGAGGACAUCGCCAAAUGCGGCACCGGUGGUCGUAGUACUUGUGAAGAAGUCCACACUUGUGAAAAUCGAGUGACUUUCCUGAAAUUUCUUGGAAGUUUAAUCACAAAGCACAAGAUCACAAAAGAAUCCAACUGUGAGCUAUAUGACAAAAUAAAUCUCCUGAAAGCACGGGUAAUGAUGAGGCGGGAUUGCUUCAGUGAACAGGAACUCAAUGAAUUUCAGAAUGAGUUGUUACGAACAAAGCUUCUGGUGUCUUUCGAAGGCCUGACGACUACUCUCGAAACUAACAAGUCAGUCCUCAGUCUCUGUCCUAGUGAUGCCAAAACUGUAGAAUCUAUAAGAAGUGCUCUGGAAUCCGGCAAAGUAAUUGCUCGUAACAAAAUAGAAGAGUUCUUGAAUGAUAUCAAUGGAAUAGAGCAGAGGCAUGGGCUCUCAAAGAAAGAGGAGGAAAAUUUUUGCUUAGAAAAGUUGAGGGAUGAGAUUGUCAAGUCGAAGCACUUAACACAAGGACCCUGGUACAAAUGCAAGAAAGGUCAUAUUUACCCAGCUGCAGAAUGCAGUGAAAACGAAUUCUCGAUUAAGUGUCCAGAUUGUCUUGCAGCAGCAAGGACUACUGAAUCACAUACCAAGACCGUUCCUACUCCGGUGAAACUCAGCGAGUUCAUGAAUGCGACGUUUAAAAAUGAGUUCGCGGUGAGCUCUAAAAGGCGGAGGAAAAAACGCCCAUCCAAAACUUCCAAGGCCCACAAAUGAGCUCUUGAAUUUGAGAGAUUUCUCAGACGUUCAAUCAUUUCAAACUGGGGAUAUUAUUUUUAUCGAUAAUCGUCUAUCUUAACCGUUCCCUUCCUGAUUUACAAUUAUAUUCUUUUAGAAGUUCGACAAGCACUCUAAUCAAAAAAUGAACGUCACAAAAAGAAUGAUUUUAUAGUCAUAACCUACAUGAUUUACUGGUUACAAGAAACUAAUCAACCGAAGAACUUAGUGUUAAAUUGCUCCUUACCACACCAGUUGCGGGAGUUUGAUUCUGCCGGCAACCAGUCUGAAUAUUGAGGGAAGAUAACUGGCGAAGUAGUUCUCUCCAAGCUUUUCGAUAAAAAAUUAAGCGCCAAUUUUAAAUGACGGUUUUUUACUUCCUGUAGGGGAGGGGUAACGAGAAUUUAAAGCCUUUGCAUUUAUCUUGAAUACGGCUAUUUUGAAUUGUUAUGACCUAUUAAAAUAAGAAGUGUUUGGGAACUACUAAAAUUGGGGAUGUUUUGACUAAGUGUUUGGAAAUUGUUUCGGUCUGUUAGGUCAUUUUGGAAUCCUUAUGCGAGUCUUAUGAGCCUUGUUUUGUUAUGAGCUGACCUCCUUUUAUUUUUACCUCUUGAGUGAUGUGUCCUUGACUGUUGUGAUAGGAUUUAAUUCUCGCACGAUUAUCGCCAUCGCUAGUCAUGUUUGGGUUUGUCUUUGACCUUGCUUAGAAUCUUCAAUGGGAGGUUUUGUUUGGGUUUUGGUUCUCGAAUAUUGGUUGACGGAUGUUAAGUACUUUGUUUUUCAUUUCGAAUGUCUUUUGAGGUUGUUUUGGUUAACCUUCUAAAAACAUGUUUACUCUGCCGAGGUCAGUUGUCCUGUAAGCCCAAACAUCCCUACCGAUAAAGUAUUUAAGAGCGUGUACUAAGAGCUGAAGUAAUAGAAGUGAGACCGAGUCCCAGAGAGUGAAAUAAAGGUCCUGAACAGAC